AUGUCGAAUGGAAAUUCAUCUAGUUUUGUUCGUAAUGUGGAAAUGGAAGAUGAAGACUUUCACUUGUGGAUAUCAAAUUGCGAGUUUGGUAGCAUUGCUGUCAAUACGUGUCUUGCUAUCAUUUAUUUUUACAAUGAAAAUGGUGUUGAAGAAGUUCUCCUGCGUCAUACUUCACCGGUUCAUUUCUCAGCGAUCAAUGAACUCUUACGUGAUACCCGCGCGGCUAUUAAGUCGACGGCAAACAUCGAUGCAUCAUUGUAUUUUGGUAUGCUGGCUAAUGACGAUCUCAGUGCUAGAGUAGCGAUCGAAUUAAAAGAGAAGUCACAACAGGAUGCCUCAUAG